AUCACUGCAUUAUUACUACAACAGCAAUGGCUAGCAUGGGUUUGGAAUCAUGGCGCUUUGUUCUACUGGGCAAGACUGGAGUUGGCAAAAGUGCCACAGGAAACACCAUUCUGGGUAAGAAGAUUUUUCAGUCAGAAGCUAGGUCCUCAUCUGUAACAGCUCAAUGCAAUGUUCAAACAAAAGAAAUAAAUCAAAAAAUGAUUACAGUCAUGGACACCCCUGGUUUAUAUGACACACACCUGUCUAAUGAGACAAUCCUAAAAGAAAUUGUGCGUGGCCUCCAGCUAAUCGCUCCUGGUCCUCACGCCUUCAUUCUGGUGAUCAAUUCGAGGCGCUUUACCGAAGAGGAAAGAAACACAGUCAAGUACUUUCAGGAAAUCUUAGGUGAGGAAGUGUACAAGUACAUGAUUGUGUUGUUCACAUGGGGAGAUGAUCUGGAGUAUGAAAAGAAAACCAUAGAUACCUUCAUCAGAGAAGCUGGAUCUGAACUUCAGCAGCUAAUAGCUUCAUGUGAAGGGCGCCAUUACGUGUUUAACAACAGACGCCCAGAAAAUCGCACUCAGGUGAACGUUCUACUAGAGAAGGUUGACAAGAUGCUGCAAGUAAAUAAUUAUGAGUACUACAGUUAUGGACUGUUUAAGAUAACAAAGGAAAGUAAUGAUCAGAAAAAACAAAAUAAAAAUCAAGAGCGAAGAAUUGCUGAACUGGAGGCUCAAGUACGAGAGCAGCAAAAAAUCACUGAACGGGAGGCUAAAGUGCGAGAGCUGCAGAAGAAAAGCAGAAAUGAGAGUUGUAACAUACUGUAGUGUGAAAUUAAGUCAUCAGUUUCUGUUAGAGAGGUUCUAAAUAAAUUUUAAAACAGAGAGAGUCGUAUAAUUGCUCAUACA